GGCGACUCAAGCACUCGACUUGCGGAGUGGACAUAUGAUAUAAAUCACACAUUGACAUUUGACGGUCGUGAGGUGAAGCUCAGCGUUCCUACUUCUGAAAUCUACGUAGACAGAGCUGUAUGCCGUAUGCUUUCAACUGUAACACUGUUUGUUAUUUGUACACUCUAUAACCUGUUUGAAUGUAAAAAUAGUGCACUCGGAUUCUGGACCGUUAACCAGCUCAUGCCCGCACCACUAAAAACAAAGAUCCCACCAUGUUCAGAUGAACACAUGGGUUUGUAUUGUAGCACACCUGGCAUACAAGUGGAAUAGAAAGUGCUAUGUGAACAGCCGGCACUGUGUAAGCUCAUAGGCAGACGCUCCGUCAUACAUCAAGUUAUGAAGGUUACAACCACGAGGGUCUCACUCAUAAAAAGCAAUCUUCCGCCUAUGUGACUUCAAUCGUGUAUGUCAUCGGCACAUCUAUCUACACCACACCAACUAACCCAUUACGAUGCCUGCGUUGAUCAGGCAAGCAUGAGUGUUGCAGUUGACUCGUACGAAGUAUGCGAAUCUAGGCUUCGCAUAUGGACUGAUAGAUUGAAAGUGCUACAGAAACAACACUGUCAGCGUGGCGUUUCUCUCAGCGAUGAGUAUUCC